AUGUCGGUUCCCGAAAAAAUGCGUGCUGUCUUGUUGAAAGGUUUUGGUGAUCGUGACAAUUUGUAUAUUGGUGAAACUGAUGUACCUAAAAUAAAAGAUGAUGAAGUCUUAGUGAAAGUGCAUGCAUUUGGUGUGAAUCGAGCUGAUACUAUGCAACGUAAGGGUCAAUAUCCACCACCUCCAGGUGUUACCGAUAUUAUUGGACUAGAAGCUUCAGGAGAGAUUGUUCUUGUGGGUGACAAAGCCAAAGAACAAUGGAAUAAUGGUGAUAAAGUUAUGGUACUAGUAGCUGGGGGAGGUUAUGCUGAAUAUGUUACAGCACAUAUGGGCUGUGUUAUGAAGAUUCCUGAAGGAAUUUCAAUGAUUGAUGCAGCAGGCAUUCCGGAAACAUUUCUGACUGCUUAUCAAGGUUUAAGAUUGAUUGGUAAUAUAAAAAAAGGUGAUAUUGCACUUAUUCAUGCCGGUGCAAGUGGAGUUGGCACAGCAGCUAUUCAAUUAGCCAAAUUUUUUGGUGCAAAAGUAGCAACAACGGUUGGAUCGAAUGAAAAAAUUGCUUAUUGUAAAAAAAUUGGUGCUGAUACAGCCAUCAAUUAUAAGCAUGGACCUUGGGUCAAAACAUUGCAAGAAUUCACUCGAGAAUGGAAUAAACCUGGUUUUGAUAUUGUUUAUGAAAGUAUUGGCAAAGAUUAUGUUGAAGCUAAUCAAGAAGUUCUUGGUGUUGAUUCUCGUUGGAUUGUUUACAGUUGUCAAAGUGGAACUGAAGCGGAUAAAUUGUCAUUGAGUACAUUAAUGAGAAAACGUAUUACACUUUCGGGUACAGUUUUAAGAGCACGAUCUGCUGAUUAUAAAACAAAUUUAGUUAAAUGUUUUCAAAACGAAGCAACAAAUGGCUUUCUUAAUGGUAAAUUGAAAGUUAUCACUGAUAAAACAUGGCCGAUGGAGCAGAUAGCUGAUGCUCAUAAAUAUAUGGAGGAUAAUUUGACCAUGGGAAAAUUAGUCGUUACUAUUAUUCAAGAUGAACAAUAA